CCCGAGGUCUCACGAGGUCUUGGGAGAUGCCUCCGACCUCGGAGGCUCCCGAAAUCGCCCAAGAAGUGCCGAAAACGUUUCCGUACAUAGCCAUUUUGGCUCAAGUUUGGCUCAAGCCAAUUUGAUUCAGGCGAUUUCGGCCCAGCAAACUUGCUCGUCAAGGGCCCGCAGCGCUCUCCCGCUGUUCAGUCGUCGGCAUUCGAAGGCACUCACUGCUCGCCCCGCUAGUCGCAAUGCAGCAGUACAUGACGCAGGAGCAGUACGCCGCGGCUCUGCAGCAGGCCGCCUUGCAGCAGCAGCUGCAGCAGCAGCUCCAGCAGCAGCAGCAGCAGCAGCUGCAGCAGGCGCAGUACGCGCAGUACGCGCAGUACUACGCGCAGCCGGCGGCGCCGUCGCAGACGACGACGGUGGUCUUGCCUGCCGACGCCUUCCAGGGGAAGACGUACCAGGUGCAAGCGCCGGAUGGCCGCCUCGUCAGCUUCCAGGUGCCCGCGGGGUGUGGGCCAGGCAGCUCGGUGCAGGUGAGCUACUGAUCCGCCCUCGGCGGGCCGGUCUCGGUGAGCAUUCCUUUCCCUGACCCCUUCCUCCCCCUUCCCCCUCUUCUGCCGGCGCGUGCGUGGGCAGCAACCGAGACUUGAAUUCGCCAGAGGACGCAUCCAUCGGACCGCAAUUGUCUGUCGCUCCUGCCUGCUGAGACCUGACAUGCAGGGCUGCGCCUCUGAUGUUGUCUUUUUCCCACGUGCUGUGUCCCAACAGCACGCGGAGCUCAAUGUUCUGUUCUCUUGAGUCAUCAGCAAUGGGCCGUGGCCGGCCCGUCGAGCCUCGCAUGGCAACAAGCAAAAUGAUGGGCCGGAAACGUUUCAAAGCAUUUACAGUCGGACCGAGGUAUAUGGUCGAGGUCGGCUCGGG